CGCGGAAAGAAGUAUGGAGAAAUUAUGGCUAAAUCAGACGGUAGAAUGAAUAUAAAGGUAAUGGGAAACAUUUGCCAGAAACACAAAGGGUCCGUGAAGCGUACGAGCUUGAACACUGCUCCUUCCAGUUGUCUGUCGUUUAACCGCAAAAUGGGGGUGUUUCCAGGAUCUCACAUAUUGGCGGUGCUUCUGGUUGUAUGGGAAAUUUCGUUUAUGGUUGAAGGACAAAGUCUGGUCCAAGAUGGAAAGAUCAACUUCACUGCGUACUAUCCUGACUUGCUUUAUUGCACGAACGUGCAGUUCCCUCGUGCAUUCUCCAGCUCGAGAAAUGUGCGGGUGAUCACAUCCAUCAGCUAUGAGUCCAAUACUGGCAGCGUACACGACUCUGCUGUUGUGUGGACGUCAGACGUGGCACAGAGCAGUUUUCGCGUAUGUGUGUUAGAGUCGGGACCUGGUACAAAUGGAUCAGCCGUCGUGAACUGGAUUGCAUUUCGGAGCGCUCCUUCUGGAAUUUUGGAUGGAACCGCCUCCUUGAGUGCAUUUACCAGUGGAACAAAAUGUGAAAGAGUUACCUUUGCUCAGCGAUUUGCGUCAAUUCCAAAAGUGCUGGCUACAGUGCGUCACUCUGUCAGCAACAAGGCGCAGGAGGCUAUGAAUGUCUGGAUUGAAGAACUGAAGGCCGAUUACUUUAGAGUGUGCCUUAGGGAAGUUAAGACAUUUGAUGGAAAUCAUCAGAAUUUAAAAGUGGACUGGCUAGCAUUUACGCACAGCGGUGUUCAACUCACGUUUCAAGGAAAAUUGUUGUUUGAAAAUGGCGGAGCUCCUCGGGAACAAGACAAUUUUGCCUUUUGCAAGGUACACAAUUUUACCAAAGAGUUUUAUGCACCCCCUGUAGUCAUAGUAACAGUCAAUCAUCUUUACGAUAGCAAGAAUGUAUAUUCCAUCAAGCCAGAGAACAAUGUUCUUAACACUUGGAUUGACUGGAUGGCAUUUGAAGAGCUUCAUCAACCCUUGUUUAUGGAGCAUGGCUCAUUAUACUUUACAAACGGGAAAAAACCAUCCAAAGAGUUUAACUAUGCUUUUUGCGAGGAUGUUGUUUUUAAGAAGCCCUACAACGACUCCCCAGCCAUUCUGGUAUCUGCCAACCACUCAACGAAUGGAGGAAACCUUAAUCCAAUAUAUAACUCCAUAUCAGCUUGGGCUGAGUACAUCAACAAGACUGGCUUCAGAGCAUGCGUGAAGGAGUUAUUUGUCAACCAACAUGAUCCUCUCUCAGUUUCAUAUGCAGUUAUGCCAGAUGCGUGUGAGCCAGGUUGGAGUUUCUACAAUGGCUCCUGUUACUACACCAGUGAUACUUGUAAGACAUGGUCCAAAGCCAAUAGAAUCUGCAGAGGCAUGGGUGCUAACUUGCCCGCUAUCGAAAGUCAGGAAGAGAAUGUCUACAUUCAACACAGACACCAUGGUGAUAGGGCCUGGAUCGGCUUGAAUGACAUUGCCACAGAGGGAUUGUUCUCCUGGGUGGAUGGGUGUCCAGAUAAAUUCCGGUACUGGGCGGAGAGUCAACCUAAUGACUUUCGCGGGGAGGACUGCGUACACAGUCUUGGUCCUAGUCAUGGAUACAUGUGGAAUGACGUCGAUUGCUCAACUUGUCACCAAUAUACAUGUAAAAAAGAUUAUGAUGAAUGCAGUAGCUCUCCAUGUUUGAACGGUGGAACUUGUGUUAACAAGAAAAGAAAUUUUACCUGCAUCUGCCCUCGCACUCACAAAGGGAGAACUUGUGAAGAAUUCGAAGAAUGUUCCAGUAAUCGCUGCCUAAACGGUGGAACCUGUACUGAUGGGAUUAACAAUUACACGUGUUCCUGUCCUUCUCCAUUUUUUGGACGUCGAUGUCAAGAAACGGAUGAAUGUAAAUCCAAUCCAUGUCUCAAUGGUGGAACAUGUGUGGAUGGAGUUUACAACUUUACUUGUGUUUGUCCAAGCUUGUACCAUGGAAGGCGAUGUGAAGCUGUUGCCAGAACAUCGUGCAAAAAUCUCUUGGCAGCUGGUUACGCCUCAAGUGGAUCAUACUCUUUGAAAGUCAAUAGAAAUUCUUUUCAGGUCUAUUGCGAUAUGACAGGAAGCUCUGGUGGGUGGACACUCAUUGCUCGGUUUUCAAACGCAGAUGGGAAGAAUUGGAUGAGAGAUGACGCAUACUGGUGGUACGACAUCCUGUCCUCACGGGGGUCCCCCAUAAGCACGUCCACUAACUCUGACAUGAUAUCAGAAGCAUUCUGGGAAGUGAAAGGAAGCGAGAUUAAAAUCACUCGCAGUGACGAUAGUUCACACUCUGCUCUUCUUCGUACAUACACAAACUGCUUUGGUGGAAAAACAUUUAGAGGAUACAUGUCCUCAUAUGGAAAGUUUAGUUACCGUAAUGUUUGGUCCAAUAAUCGGUGUCUUGGCAGCUGCCCAGUGCAUUAUGGUGGAUCGUACCAGUCCACUAUUGGUUUUAGUCAAGCACUCUGCAAUGGCAAUAUUCAAGGAAGCCACCGCAUUGGAUUCUGGUGUCAGUGGGAUGGUGGUGAUGGUUCAGUUCUUAUGUUUGGAGGAGGAGGGAGUGGAUGCGGCAGAGCGGAUCAUGGUAUCGGGAUCACUGAGAACGACUACGGAGGAUUUGAAGAAUGGUCUCAUAGUGGGGAGAUUGAUUUUGGAGAUGAAGCCAACAACCACAACUCGCCUACUACUUCUUAUGCCUUCAAUUUAUGGAUUCGUUAGAAGGAAAAGAAUUCAUUGCUGAUCUUAAUCCACGUGUGAUGACAUCACUUGAACAAAAAAAAAAAAUCCUGUUUUCCGAAGGCCUUUUUUAACUAGUUGAGCGAAAAGGAACCUAGCCUGGCUCUUUCCCUUUCUGUUUAUUUAACAAUUAUUCCAUGAGCGCGCGUUCAUCAUGAGAUGGUAAACAGCCAGAAAGACGCUUAACGCCGAGUUGGUUUUAACUAAUUUCGUAUCCAACAAGUACGAAUAGAAUAAUUGUUCUUUUUUUUUUCAAUUUUCCACACAAUAGGCUAACAGAUGUCAGUGCCCUAGAGUUGCGUAUUAUACGUGAUUAAAUGUAGACGUUUUCAUUAGGACGAAUGUACGAUAGAAAGUUAGAUCGAUUAACUAUGCAACAAUUAAGAGGCUUGGAACCCGGGCGACAAAGCAACGUCAGUCGCCUGCUUUUGUUUGUUAUUUGCGUCAAAAUUAUACUUCUUCUAAUCCAGGACUAAAAUGCCAAUUCUUGACUACGAAACAGAAAAAAGGUAUACCAGAUUUUACCCAGUCAGAGCUAUUU